AUGGGUAGGGACACUAUUGCUGAUAUAAUAACUUCUAUACGAAAUGCUGACAUGAAUAGAAAAGGAACGGUUCGAAUAGUAUCUACUAACAUCACCGAAAACAUUGUUAAAAUACUUUUACGAGAAGGUUUCAUUGAAAAUGCGAGAAAACAUCAAGAAAGAGAUAAAACUUUUUUGGUUUUAACGCUGCGACAUAGAAGAAAUAAGAAAGGGGCUUAUAGAAAUACUUUCUAUUUAAAAAGGAUCAGUCGACCUGGUCUACGAAUCUAUUCUAACUAUCAACGAAUUCCUAGAAUUUUAGGUGGAAUGGGGAUUGCAAUUCUUUCUACCUCUCGAGGUAUAAUGACGGAUCGGGAAGCUCGACUAGAAGGAAUUGGCGGAGAAAUUUUAUGUUAUAUAUGGUAAUCCCUAGAAUAUUAAUAUCCGAAUUGGAUCCAAUAUUUCCUAUUUGGGAACAAAAAAAGAAAAAAAAAGGCUUGUCUAAUAUCACUCCUCUAUUAGUUGAUACUUUAAGGGGGUUUUAUCUGAAAUGAAAGAACAAAAAUGGAUUCAUGAAGGUUUGAUUACUGAAUCACUUCCUAAUGGUAUGUUCUGGGUUCGUUUAGAUAAUGAAGAUCUGAUUCUAGGUUAUGUUUCGGGAAGGAUACGACGUAGUUCUAUACGAAUCCUACCGGGAGAUAGAGUUAAGAUUGAAGUAAGCCGUUAUGAUUCAACCAGAGGUCGUAUAAUUUAUAGACUCCGCAACAAAGAUUCAAACGAUUAAGCCGUUUUUCAACAUUCCUUAUUCCUUUCUACAAAAAUAGAAUUCAAGGUUCAAAAUAUCACGAAACUUAUUUUCUUCCAAAAAAUAGAUUCAAAAUUAAAACUAAAGAAUAACAAA